GCCGAACAAGGAAGGUAGUUCGUCUGAAGACCUUCCUGUGUUAAGUGGUUAACAAACCCCGUGUAUGGACCCGGCUUCUCAGAAGACGGCAAUGUGAUGGAGGCUGUCCCUGCUCACCAUGUGAAACAUCAACUCUGUGCAAGUCGACCACUUUACAGAGAAGGAAGGGAACAGAGGGCUGUCAAGGCAUACACCGUGAGUUCUGAAUCCAAGUACCUGAUGAUAUACGGAGUACCUGUGAACCGAGGGCCUGAUCUUGCUCCCCUCUUUAGUGUCCAUGGCAAAAUCGAUGAGCUGCGUGGACUUGCGGAAUACUCAAAGAAAGAAGAUUUCACUGAAGUGUUCCUUCUCAAGUACAAACACAUCCAGUCUGCUCGUUAUGCCAAGCGGAAGAUGGAUGAUUUGUCCUUUUUUGGUGGUUUCCUUCAUGUGUGUUAUGGCCCUGAGCAUGAAACUGUGGCUGAGACACGGCAAAAGCUACAAGACAGGCGGAGAAUUAUUGCAUUGAAAACUAAGAAAUCUGAAGAGGAAACAAGUAAGAAGAGCGUGAAAGGAAACUCUGUUGUGAGGAGUGCAGGUGUGGCGAAGUCACCAAAAGAGGCCCCUUCACAAUUGCAGCAGCAACAUGCAGGAUCCACAACCAACACCUUGGACACACCUUCAAUACCAUUGCCAUGUUUUAAUGUCCCACCUCCAACUUUGUCCUUACCACCUCCACCACCACCACCAUCAUCAUCAACACAUCUUCCACCACCUCCAUCACUAUCACCAAUGUUGUCAAUACUUCCACCACCACCAUUAACCAAUGACAGUUUGAUCAAUUCCUACAACAACCCCCGUCCCUUGGCCCGUAUGCCACUGUCUCUCCAUUCUAAGACAGCUACGGCACCAGAGAAGCUGUGGCUGGAGCCUCCACCACAAUAUUGUAGCUCUGCUCAAAGUAACAGCCACAAGUCUUCCAGUGCUGCCAGUUUUGCCAGGGUUCCUUCAGCUCAAGCUAUUUUCCCACCGAACUUCGAUGCUAGAAUCCAUGUCAACACAGAUUUGGUGAAAUUACUUCCACGACAAGCCAAAGUGAAGUUAAUGUCAGAUAUAAAGAAACCUCAGGCUGAAGUCAAACACCUGAAAAAAUCAACAGCCCCAAGUAACUCCACAUCCACCAGUAAAAUUAGCAAGGACAAACCUGACCUCGUUAUUCGAGAGUUCAAACCCUCAACAUGUCCCAAGUUUGUCCCUCGGCAAGCUGUGUCUCGCAAGACAAACAAGAAGCUCGUAGAGAAGGACAACCUAAACAAGGCCAUUCGGUCGAGUGCUUUAAUACUGGGCGAUAUUCAGGGACCUGACAGGCCACCCCAUUUGACGCCUGUUAACAAGGAAAUUCAAAAGUCAAUAGAAGAUACGAGGAAGGAAAUCAGAAAACGUGUUCUGCAGUUCUCUGAUUCAAAACUGACAGUGGUUGCUCCCAAAUCUCCCAAAACCAGCUGAAGAUGGAAACUACUUUGCUGCAAGUGAAUUUCAGCUAAUUGUAACAUGCGAGCAGUUUCCCAGCCAGAAACUUUCAACUGGACCCCAGAAUAAACCUGAAGGUUUGUCUAUGUGAAAGAAGAGAACCCUUUUGAAAGUGCAGCAUCAGCUCCUACCAGAUUACAGGAACCUUUGUAAAAGGUGCAAAUUACAACAUUUCUGUUGUUGGGGGAUUUCUGCAUCUUUUGUGAAGGGCAUCAUUGAAGAACAUCCUUGUAGGGGUUCUGCAUUUCUUUGAAGUGUACAGUAUUCUUUGUGAGGGUCCUGCUCCUUAUAGUGGGAGUGGUGGUGUGUAAAUUGGUUGAGCAUCAGAUAAAAUGCCUUGUGUUAUUUGUUCCAGCUCUCUGUGCUCUGAGUUCAAAUCCUGCCAAGGUACCUUUACCUUUGAUCCACUUAGGGGUGGCAGUAGAGGGUAUGGGGUGGGGGUCAAUAAAUAAAGAACCAGUCCUGCACUGGGGGUCAAUUUUU